AUGGGUCUUGCCAAUGUGCUGUCACUGUUGACAGUGACAAAUGUCCUUUUGCCUCUCGUUGCAUACUUUGUGUUUAAGAUUGUGUACCAAAUCGUUUAUUAUCGCUUUUUCCACCCACUUUCUGCUUUCCCCGGUCCGUUCUGGGCGUCUGUGACUCGACUCUGGAUUGCAAGCCAGAACUUGAAAGAGAUUGAGUACCUGACUUGCCAUGAGCUUUCAAAGAAAUAUGGACCUGUCGUUCGAAUUACUCCCACGUUGCUGCUGGUCAGCGACCACUCCAAGCUCCCAGAGGUCUACCACCGCAAUGCCGACAAAACCGGACACUAUAUCACCGGCAGUUUUGGAGAAACUGAAAGCCUGUUCAACAUGAGAUCGCACAAGACUCAUUCCGUCUUCAGGAAACACGUCGCCGGACCUUACAGCUUCACCAACAUCAAGCGCAUGGAACCGUUAAUCGACGCCCGAAUCGAAGAAUGGAGCACCAAGCUCGACGACACAUUCGUCAAAUCCGGUGAAUCCUUCGACUUCGCCUGGUGGGCAGUCUACAUGGCCUACGACAUCAUCAGCGAAAUCGGCUUCGGAGCUCCCUUCGGCUUCAUCGAAAAGGGCGAAGACAUCGGCGGCCUAAUCCAAGGCUUCCACGACGGCCUCCCAGCAUUCGGCCUCCUCGCCCGCCUACACCCCUUCACAUCCUGGAUCAAAACCACCUUCCUAAAGAAAUACCUCGUAGCCACACCAUCCGACGACUCCGGAAUCGGCGUCCUCAUGCGCUUCCGCGACAAGCUAAUCAGCGAGCGCCUCGAAGACAUCAAAUCCGGCAACAAGGCCCAGCGCGUCGAUCUCCUCCAAAUGCUCCUCGAAGCACGCACAGACGAAGACAAGCCACUUGACCUCGAAUACAUCCGCGCAGAAGUCCUUCUCGUCCUCCUCGCCGGCGCUGACACAACCGGAACCGCAUUCCAGGCCAUGGUCCAGUUCCUGAUGGAGAACCCAGACGCCUACAAGCGUAUGAUGGACGAGAUUGAUGCCGCUUCCCAGAAGGGUCUUUUGUCCGAGAUGCCGCAGUACGAUGAAGUCCUCGCCCAUCUCCCAUUUUAUGUGGGCUGUGUCAAGGAGACUAUGCGUCUUUGCCCUUCUGCGCCGAACAUUUUCCCGCGGUAUGUGGCUGAGCCGGGAUUGGAGCUCUUUGGUAAGUUUGCGCCGGCUGGGACGGAGAUUUCGUGUAACCCGUACCUUGUGCAUCGGGAUCCGGCACUUUAUGGGGAUGAUGCCGAGGAAUUCAGACCCGAGAGGUGGUUGGAUGAGGAGCGGGCGAAGCUGUAUAAUAAGUAUAAUAUGGCGUUUGGGUAUGGGUCGCGGGUUUGCCUGGGUAGGGAUAUUGCGAUGAUGGAGCUGUUCAAGGGCCCUUUGCAGUUCUUCCGCUCCUACAAGCCUGAGCCUGUCAAGGGCAAGCCCGAGGCCAAGUUUGUGGUGAAGGGUGGUGUUGGGUACUGGAAGGAUGUUUGGUUGACUAUCUCGAAGAGAGAGACCAAGGCCCAGUGA